AUGUCCGCUGAAGAAGUUCAAACCGCUACCUCUAAGCCAGUUAUUGAAGACAGAGUUUACGUUGGAAACGUUGAUUACAAAGUGACUGAAGAUGAAUUGAAGGAUUUAUUCAAGGAUUUGAAAGUUACUGAUGUUGAGAUUCCGUUCAAGGAGAGAACUAGAGACAAUGAAACUUUUAAGUUGCGCUUAGGUUUUGCCUUUGUCCAAUUUGAGAACAAGGAAGAAGCUGAUAAGGCCAUUGCCGACUUGAAUGGCACAAGAUUGCAAAGAAGAAAUAUCUUCCUUAAGAAAGCUGUGCCUCCACCUACUGAAGAGGAAAAGCAACAAAAGAUUGAGAAGUACAAAGCAAAGCAAGAAGAAAUCAAGCAAAAGAGAGAAGAACAGGCCAAGAAGAAAGAAGAGAGAGGUGCAUCCUCAAAGGUUGCUCCCGAGGGUGAAAAGUCCAAGGAUACAAUUUUUGUUACCAACUUGGACUACAAAGUCAAUGUUAAAGUUCUCUCAAAAGUGUUUGCAGACUUGAAACCUAAAUGGAUCCAUGUCCCAAGAAGAAGAUUCAGUAAGAAGCCAGUUGAAGGUGCACCAAGAAGAGCACCAUUGAACAAAGGUAUUGCAUUUAUCAAGUUUGGUGAUGAGGAGACCCAAAAGAGAGCCGUUGCUGAAUUCAAUGGUAAGGAAGUUAAGGGUAGAGAGUUGAUUGUUGAUUAUGCCGUGAACUCCAAGAUUCCAGAAAAGGGAUCGGACAGCGAAGAUGCGGAAGUGGCAAAUGGUGAAGAAACCAGCGCAGUGGAAAACUAA